AUCUUAUCCCUACCUUAAUAACCCAAAGAGAUAGAGCAUAGAGCGAAAGAGAGAGAGGGUGUAGGUGAAGGCCAUGGCUAGUUGUAACAUGGCAUCAGCAGCAUCUGGGUUUGUGUUUACAUCAAACAUAACCUCCACAAGCUCAUCUUCACGAAACACAAUCUCCUUUCAUUCCAAGAACAACUCAAGGCUAGUUGUACGUGCCUCUGAGGAGACCACCGGCACCGCCCCACUCCCUUCUGAGGAGACCACCGGCACCACCCCACCCCCUUCUGAGCAGACCACCGGCACCGCCCCACCCCCUACUGAGGGACAAGCUCCGCCGCCGAAGCCUCCUCCAAUUGGACCCAAGAGGGGCGCCAAGGUGAAGAUUCUUAGAAGGGAAUCCUAUUGGUACAAUGGCAUUGGAUCUGUUGUAGCAGUUGAUCAGGACCCAAAAACUCGAUAUCCUGUUGUCGUUCGAUUCAACAAAGUCAACUACGCCAAUGUAUCGACUAACAACUACGCAUUGGAUGAGAUCCUGGAAGUGAAGUGAGAAUUGAGAAAGAUGACCCCCUGUAUCCAUAGUGUGAUCUGUAAUUUGCCUCGGUUACAUACCGGAUAGUGUACUGUGCCUGCAAAUCUGUAUAAUACUUUCUCCUUGUUAUACCAUCUCCUGUUCCUACUUAUAUUAUGAUCAUGAAUUCACAGUUA